UUAACUGAAAUAAGCAUAAUAAAUGUUAAUUUGUUGUCCUUUUUGAGAGAAAACUUAACCAGCUAUAUCUAUUCAUACCCAAAAAUGCAUAGAAAUUAAGCUCCAUUUUGGUAUCAAUAUUCCAACUCUUGUUUCAUUCGCUUGAGGUUGAGGAUUUUCUAAGAAACUCAUCUGAUACGAAAAAUAACAAGAUGUUAAGAAGCUUGUUUCUUGUUUUGAUGUUGAUCCAUGCAACAUUACCUAUUUCUCCUCAAACUCCUGCCCCUGCCAAAAAAUGGUCAACAUUAAGUGGUAACGAGCCGCUUGUGAUAGCACGCGGAGGAUUCACUGGUCUAUUUCCAGAAGGCAGUUCAGAAGCAAUCCGCUUGUCGAAGGAGAUAAGCAUCUUUCUUUGUAAUGUUCAGUUCACAAAAGAUGCUGGUGCGUUUUGUGUGACAGGAGUUAAACUCGACGCUGCAACGACUAUAGCAUUGUUUGAUCCAAAUCAGAAAACCUACAACAUUAAUGGAAAGGAUGUGCAAGGACACUUCAUGGUGGAUUACACUGCUUCUCAGAUUGACCACAAUGUGUCAAUGAAUCAGGCCAUUUUUUCUCGUCCGAGUUUCUACGAUGGUUUGUCUCCGGUACUCAAUGUUGAUGGCAUACUAAGUAGCAAAACUCCACCAAGGCUCUGGUUGAAUGUCCAGUACGAAGCGUUUUAUGACCAACACGGCGUAAAGCUAGUUGAUAAAGUACUAGAACUGUUGAGACAUUAUACCAUAGACUUUGUUUCAUCUCCAGAGAUUGGUUUCUUAAGAAGCCUUAGUGGAAAAGUUAGGAAUAAAACAAAGUUCGUCUUUCAAUUUCUUAACGCGAGUGAUGUCGAACCAACAACGACGCUACCAUAUGGCACCAUUGUGAAGGAUCUUGCGGCAAUCAGGUCAUAUUCAUCUGGCAUAAUGGUGCCGAAAGAAUACAUAUGGCCAGUUAAACCAGACAAUUACUUGGGGCCUCUCACAACCCUUGUAUCUGAUGCACACAAACAAGGACUAGAAGUGUAUGCUUCUGGUUUUGCUAAUGAUUUCUUUUCAAGUUAUGAUUAUAACUAUGAUCCUACUGCUGAGUACCUACAGUUUAUAGCGAAAGACGAAUCUGUUGAUGGUCUUGUUACUGAUUUUCCUUCUACAGCAUCAAAUUCUAUAGCAUGCUUUGCACUCAACAAUACACUUCCGAAAAAAGGACAACCUUUGAUCAUAAGCAAUAACGGAGCGAGUGGCGUUUAUCCAGGUUCCACCGAUCUUGCUUAUCAACAAGCAAUAGACGAUGGAGCUGACAUUAUAGAUUGCUCAGUUCAAAUGACAAAAGAUGGAAUUCCAUUCUGCUCAAAUACAGCAGACCUAAUGGCAGAUACAACUGCUGCUAUGACUAAAUUCAUGUCGCGAACUUCCAAUAUUCCAGAGAUUCAACCGAAUAGUGGAAUUUUCUCCUUUGAUCUAACGUGGAACGAGAUCCAAACCUUGCAACCUCAAAUUUCUACCCCUCUUGGCAGUGACUUCCAAAGAAAUCCAGCAAACAAGAACAGUGGUAAAUUUGUUACUCUCUCAGAAUUUCUGGAGUUGGCUAAGGAUAAAGCCGUUACCGGCAUUUUAAUUAACAUAGAGAAUGCUGCUUACCUUGCAUCGAAGAAAGGCCUCGACAUUGUUGGUGCCGUAACCACUGCCUUAAGCAAUGCAACAUUUGACAAGCAAGCGACGCAGCAAGUUCUGAUUCAAUCGGACGAUAGCUCGGUGUUAUCCAAGUAUAAAGACAUUCCAUCUUACAAAAGGGUGUUGUUAGUUGAAAAUGAAAUAGGCGACGCUCCUAAGAAUACCGUGGAUGAAAUAAAGAAGUACGCAGAAGCGGUGAAUCUUCGAAAAACAUCUGUUGUUAAAGCAUCUGGCUCCCUUUUAUCAGGAAUGACUAAUGUUGUUAAAGAGAUGAAAGAUGCAAACCUGACAGUAUUUGUUCAUACUCUUAGAAACGAGUUCAUAUCUUUGGCUUUUGAUUAUUGGUCAGACCCUAAUGUUGAGAUUGCCACUUACAUCCAUUCUGCCAAAGUUGACGGAAUAGUCACCGAUUUUCCGGCCACUACAAGUCGAUAUCUCAGAAGUCCAUGUAGUGAUCUAAACAAUGUGGUAACAAUCUUACCAGCAAAGGCAGGUGAACUAGAAAGUACUGUUCUACCAACAUUACUGCCACCAGCAGAAGCACCACUUCCUCCUCUUGAGGUUGGUAACAUUGUUGAUCCACCUCUUCCUGCAGUGGUCAAUGAUAAUCCUCCUGCUACACCUUCUUCACCACCUCCUUCAUGUGCUUGUGCAAAUGAUACUAAUCUUGGUCUCUUCAUAGUUGCAAUCAUAGUGCUUCUCAUUAAUCUUACUCUGUGAUAAAAUUGCUCUUGCUCUUGAUAUUAUUAACCAAGUGUUUUACUACAAUGUAUUUAGUAGAAUGUAAAUUAGUUAGAGUGCCAAAGAAUUAGUCCUAUGUUAUCAAGUGAAUUCCUUAAAGAUUGAUUUUGAAACUAAAUUAGUCACUAGAAGAUCUAAUUCGCCAUUGAAUUCAUUGUUUUACUAUUGGAUAAAUGGUACAUGUGUGCUUUUUGUUA